UGGUUCAUAUCACUCACCAAUUAAGAUCAUGUUGACAGGAGUUACUCUUAUUUAUUUCUUGCAGCUGCUUCUGCACCUUCGCAUGCUCUUAAAAUUCUACAAGAAAGCCAAUUUCUGGAAAUCUUUGGCUUGUCCAGAUUCCCUUCCCUCUUGUUCCGCCUUGUAAAAUGCAUGCUACUUGAGUUUGUGAUCAGGGAUCAAAAUUCAUACUUUUUUUGGUAAAGCUCGUUGGGUUGUGUAAGCAUAGUUCAGAGAUUGGUUCUUUGUUUUGGAGGUUGGAUCAUCGACAAGCUUUAAGUAUGAGUUAUCUUAGCCCAUCGCAAGAGAACGACGAAAGGUCUUUGUGCAGGAAUGAGAAUAAGGAUAUCGACCUUUCAAAAAAAGAGAAUAAGGAUAUCGAGGGGCAAUGUCGUCCGAGCAAAGUUGUUGAAUUUGUUUCAAAGUCAUUGGUACGUUUGUUCCGUAAAUGGUAUGAAGAAAUACUUGUAUUGUUUCGCGCGUUUGCAGUAUCACUGGAUCCCUUGUUCUUUUACGUUCCCAUGAUCAAAGAAGACAAAAAGUGCAUUGGCUUAAACAAAUUGUUGUGGACCAUAGCUAUUGUUUCGCGAUCGGUCACCGAUGUCGUUUACCUAGUGCAUUUUGUAGUGAAAUCCUACAAGCAGCGAGGGUCGAAGGCAAAUACAACAUGUUGGGAAAAAGGUCGAAGGCAUUUAUGGUCCAUCAUGUUCAACGUUCUAGUUAUUCUGCCUAUUCCACAGGUGGUAAUGCCAAGCAUAUUUUCAGAGAUGAGACGACGGACAAAAUCUUCAAAUAUAACAAUCUUGAACUCCGUAAUUCUUUUGCAAUAUGGGCCAAGAGUUUUCCAAAUCUACCGAUACUGGAAGGAACUCAAACGCGCAGGGAAAACUAAUAAGGCUUCCCUAUGGAUCACAGCUUCAUUGAAUUUAUUUCUAUACAUCCUUGCUGGUCAUGUAUUGGGAGCCUUUUGGUACUUUUUCUCUAUCCAACGACUAGCGUCUUGCUGGCACAAAGCUUCUAAAAUUCAUAGUGAUGGGGUUGAAAUUUCUUUUAACUGUGACCACAGUUUUAGAAAGCUCUCUUUUUUAGAUGAUUUCUGCCCUAUUGAUACACCAAACACAAGUACCUUUGAUUUUGGAAUAUUUCUUGAAGCCCGUCGAUCUGGAAGCUUAGAGUCCACGGGUUUUCUGCCUAAAGCAUUUUACUGUUUCUGGUGGGGCAUGCGAAAUCUAAGUUCUUUUGGAUCAAACCUCCAAACAAGUACCUACAUCUGGGAAAACAUCUUUGCACUUGGAAUUUCUAUCUUUGGUCUGUUAUUAUUUCUUUAUUUCAUUGGAAACUUACAGAUAUACAUGGAGUGGAGAACAACAAAAGAACAAAAGUGGAGAAAACGACAAUAUAACCUUAAAUUGUGGUUGUCCAAACACCGCUUUGAUAGAAAAACAAGGGACAAGAUUAUUGACUACAUAGGUAAAAGCUAUGAAGCAGACGAAGACGUUGGUGUAGAGACCCUUAUCCCUGAUCUUCCUACUGAACUUCGAAGGGCUGUCAACCGCCAUAUCUGCUUAGAACUGCUCAAGAAGCUGGAAAUCAUAAAAUACAGUGGGUUGGCUAGGCAAGAACAACUGUUGCUUAAAAUCUGCGACUCUCUUAAACCAAUGUUCUACAACAAGCACAGCUACAUUGUUAGGGAGGGAGACCCAAUUGAUGCGGUAUUCUUUAUUACAGAAGGCAUUGUAUGGACUUAUAAAAGCAAUAAUGGUGAAGGAUCUGACUCUCGACAUGCUGAGCGUCUUGAAAAAGGUCAGUACUUUGGAAGAGAACUUCUUGAAUGGGUUAUGAAUCCUACCUCCGACGACAUGCGCAACCUAUCCAUACUACCUGUUUCUUCAAAAAUCCUCAAAACUCACACAAAAGUGGAAGCCUUCGCUCUAAUGGCCCACGACUUCAAAAAAAUAUGGCAUUUGUCACUAUUAGGCCCAAAGCAAUUGUUCCAGGCAGCUAUACUUAUACAACGAUUCUGGCGCCGCAAGCGAUUGCGGUCCCAGGCAGCUUCACGUGUACAACGAGGACGUCGUUGGUGGUUCAAGAAAACUUUGUUUUGAUGUCAGAUAGAUUCCAUCAAAGCCAGACAGUACCGUUGUUGCAAAGCAAAAUAGUUUGUUUUGAUGUCUUUGUAGUAUUAAGUUUGUUUUUCUAGUCAUAAGGUUGCUACUUUUUUUUUUUGAUAAACUCAUAAGGUUGCUACUUGUUUCUCAAUUAUACUCUUUUUAUGAUCCAUUCGGUACCAUUUCAUUAGUCUUUAGGUUUCUCCACCAAAAUGCCUAAAAAACUUA